AUGUGGGGCGACGUGACAGAGAACUUUACCAAAGCCUUGCCCAAGGCCGAACUACACGCCCAUCUGACAGGAAGCAUCAGCCCAGAAUGUCUACACGAGGUCUGGAAGCGGAAGCGAUCAAGUCCGGCGGGCUCGCAGCUAGAAGACCCUCUAAGCGCCUGUCGACCCGAAGCCGAGCAUCACGAUAUCCUGUCUUUCUUUCCAGUGUUCGACAAGUACAUCUACAACCUGUGCAAUGACACGGAGUCUGUUGCGUUUGCCACGGAGCAGGUGCUGAAGGAGUUUGAGGCUGAUGGGGUGAAGUACCUCGAGCUGCGGACUACGCCGCGAGAGAGCCUUGAGAAUGGUAUGACCAAGGAGGUGUAUGUUCAAACUGUGCUCGACACGAUCGCAAAGCAUGGAAAAGAAGUUUUGUCAACCUACCUCAUCCUUUCAAUCGACCGACGCAAUACUCUAGAACAAGCCAUGGAGACAGUCAGGCUGGCCAUUAAGUAUCAAGACAAAGGCGUAGUCGGCAUCGACCUCUGCGGCAACCCCCUCAAAGGCGACGUCACAACAUUCCGCGAAGCCUUCAAACUAGCAAAAGCUCACAACCUCAGACUCACCCUCCACUUCGCCGAAGUCCCCCAAUCCAGCACAGAGGUCGAACUCCAAACCCUCCUCUCCUACCAACCCGACAGACUCGGCCAUGUAAUCCACACCACCCCAGCCAUUGAAGCCGAAAUUUCAUCUCGCAAACUAGGCCUCGAACUCUGCCUCUCUUGCAAUGUACACGCAAAAAUGCUUCCUGGUGGAAAAAGAGAGUUCACUGACCACCACUUCGCCAACUGGUACGGUCAAAGCAACGCAAUCGCGCUAUGCACGGAUGACGUAGGAAUCUUUGGGAGUCCGAUCUCGAACGAGUAUUUUCUCGCCGCGUGGCAUUUCAAUCUUAGUAGGUAUGAUUUGGUGGAGCUUUGCAGAGGGGCUGUGGAGUCGAUUUUUGGGGGUGAGAGGGAGAAGCAGAGGCUGUAUAGCUUGCUGGAUGAGUUUGAGAAGAUUUGUGAUAAUGCUGAGGCUGCUCCUUGA